AUGUUGAAAAUAAAGGAAAAUGAAAUACAUUUUCAUAAUUUAAUGCUCUUUUGUUUCCGGAAAGGUAAAAAUGCUGCACAAAUAGCAAAGAAGAUAUGUGCUGUUUAUAGAGAUGGUAUCAUUGCUGCAAAUACUGUUCGUAAAUGGUUUGCUAGGUUUAGAACCAAAACGUUUGACCUGGAAAAUCGUGAGCUUUCUGGCAGACCUACAGUUGUUGACAAUGAACAAAUCAAGACUUUAAUAAAAAAUAAUUCAUGUCACAUAACGCAAGACAAUGUAGAAAUUCUCCACAUAUCUUAUGCGAGCAUUAUAAAGCAUUUAAAAACAUUUGAUUAG